AUGGCUACUCCCGAACAACAAAAACAGCUGCAGGCUCUGUCAGACGAGUACACCGCUCUGCAAACUGAACUUCAAACCACCGUUGCAGCCAGGCAAAAGCUCGAAUCUCAACAACAAGAGAACAAAGAUGCCAACAUCUACAAGCUCGUGGGCCCUAUCCUACUAAAGCAGGAUGCAUCCGAAGCAAAGAGCACUGUCGAUGGCCGUCUAGAAUUCAUCGACAAGGAAAUGUGUGCCUUUUCUGCUUUUCCUCCGCUGUAUGCUCUUCCUGACCCAAAUCACAGCAACCGUAUCGAAAAGCAGAUUUCAGAUAUCCAAGCCAAGAGCGAGGAGAAGAAGAUGGCUGUCUUCCAACUGCAGACCGAUAUCCAGCAGAGUGGUCAACCAGCAGCUUGA